ACGCCCAUUGGCAGACAGGGCCACACCUCACGGCUCUGGGGGAAGCCACAGACCUCAGCUGUACAGGCUGAGCUUGGGCUGGAGGAACUUUCCGCAAGACUGAGGACAAACAGCCCUACAGAGCCGGCUGUCUGCAAGCCUGAGCCCCGGGCGAGCCCUGGCGGCGGCAGGUACACGGUGCGCCCCCCGCGUCAGGGCCUGGGCGGUGCAGCGGCAGCGGGAGGGUCCGGGGCUGCCGAGGCCGGUGCCGGUGUGCGCGCACCCCCGGCCCGGCGAGCCGCAUCCCCCAGCUCGGCGUUCGCUGCAGGUCCCCCGCAGCCCGCCCCAGCCUUGAACAUGGCUGCGAGCCCCGCCGCCAGCCUCGCCUGGUCGCUGCUGCUCCUCUCCUGGGCUCUGCUCCGCGGAGGCUGCCGGGCGCGCUUUGCAGCCGAGCCGGACUCGGAGGACGACGAAGAGGAGGCGAGGGUUUUCCCCGAGUCGCCCCUGCAGAGACCCACGGUGCUGGUGGCCAUCCUGGCCCGCAACGCCGCGCACACGCUGCCUCACUUCCUCGGCUGCCUGGAGCGGCUGGACUACCCCAAGAGCAGGAUGGCCAUCUGGGCAGCCACCGAUCACAACGUGGAUAACACAACAGAAAUACUCAGGGAGUGGCUGAAAAAUGUGCAGAGAGCCUAUCACUAUGUGGAGUGGAGGCCUAUGGAUGAACCUGAGUCUUAUCCUGAUGAAAUCGGCCCAAAGCACUGGCCCGCCUCCCGCUUUGCCCACGUGAUGAAACUGCGACAGGCGGCCCUUCGAACUGCGAGGGAGAGAUGGUCAGACUACAUUCUGUUUAUCGACGUUGACAACUUCCUGACUAAUCCACAGACCCUCAGUCUAAUGAUUGCAGAAAACAAAACCAUCGUGGCCCCCAUGCUGGAGUCUCGGGGCCUCUACUCGAAUUUCUGGUGCGGGAUCACACCUCAGGGUUUCUAUAAACGGACCCCGGACUACGUUCAGAUCAGAGAAUGGAAGAGGACAGGCUGCUUCCCCGUCCCCAUGGUGCACUCGACCUUCCUCAUUGACCUCAGGAAGGAAGCCUCCGACAAACUGGUGUUCCAUCCCCCGCACCAGGACUACGCCUGGACCUUCGAUGACAUCAUCGUCUUCGCCUUCUCCAGCAGGCAAGCAGGCAUCCAGAUGUACCUCUGCAACCGCGAGCACUACGGCUACCUGCCCAUCCCCCUGAAGCCCCACCAGACCCUGCAGGACGACAUCGAGAGCCUCAUCCACGUACAGAUAGAAGCCAUGAUUGACCGCCCUCCGAUGGAACCCUCCCAGUUUGUCUCAGUUGUCCCUAAGUAUCCAGACAAGAUGGGAUUCGAUGAGAUUUUCAUGAUAAACCUCAAACGCAGAAAGGACAGGAGGGACCGGAUGCUGCGCACCCUGUACGAGCAGGAGAUUGAGGUCAAGAUUGUGGAGGCCGUGGAUGGAAAGGCACUCAACACAAGCCAGCUGAAGGCCCUGAACAUUGAGAUGCUGCCCGGAUACCGAGACCCCUACUCCUCCAGGCCUCUAACCAGGGGCGAAAUCGGCUGCUUUCUAAGCCACUACUCUGUCUGGAAAGAGGUAAUUGACCGAGAGUUGGAGAAGACGCUUGUUAUCGAGGAUGAUGUACGCUUCGAACAUCAGUUUAAGAAGAAGCUGAUGAAGCUGAUGGAUGAUGUAGACCAGGCUCAGCUGGACUGGGAGCUGAUUUAUAUUGGUAGGAAGAGGAUGCAAGUAAAGGAGCCAGAGAAAGCGGUGCCCAAUGUGGCCAAUCUGGUUGAAGCCGACUAUUCCUACUGGACGCUGGGCUACGCCAUCUCCCUGGAAGGAGCACAGAAGCUGGUUGGAGCUGAUCCUUUUGGGAAGAUGCUGCCGGUGGACGAGUUCCUGCCAAUCAUGUACAACAAACACCCCGUAACGCAGUACAAGGAGCACUACAAAUCCAGGGACUUGAAAGCCUUCUCUGCAGAGCCCUUGCUCAUCUACCCCACACACUACACGGGCCAGCCGGGCUAUCUGAGCGACACGGAGACCUCGACCAUCUGGGACAAUGAGACGGUGGCCACCGACUGGGACAGGACGCAUUCCUGGAAGUCCCAGAAGCAAGGCCACAUCCACCGCCACGCCAAGAACACAGAGGCCCUGCCCCCAUCGGCCUCGCUGAACACUGCGCCUUCGAGGGACGAGCUCUGAGGCUCCCGGCGGGCUUCACCCCCCUUUGGGCCCUCCGACGGCUGUUCGUCGGUUUGCUCCGGCUUCUUCUGGUGAUCACAAGCAUCUGACCCAAGUGGUCGAUUGAAAGUGGUCGAUCAAAACUCAUACAUUUUUGACGGGAGGAGAAAUAAGAAAUUUAAACCCCAAUUUCCUAGGAUGGGUGGAAGAGAGGCUUUAUGGCAGCCAUUACCAUAAACUGCAGUGUAGAUACUAGUCCUCUGGUUCGUUCCCCAAGUGCCGCUGGUUCUCACAUAAGGUGGAAGAAUACGGCUCAGAGACUCGUCCGAGAGAAAGGUGACGGCCACAACUGUCAGUGAAUGAGUGCUCUAGGGGCCCAUUGUAUGUCAUAGACGUGACCUUAAAAACUUGUGUAGCUAACAAGUUUAUGAGGGGAAUCAAAUUAUUUAAAACCAAAGUAAUCGGGCUUGGUGUUUGAAGAAAUUCUGUCCUGAGCCUCAGUGCAGAUGGAGUUCUUCAUCCUUGUCCUUGUUGUCCAGCGGGUGGGCAUCGGGUCCGUCUGAGACUCACCUGGCCUUUCACUGUCGUGGUGACUGACGCUCCCUUAACGAGGUUCCAGGUUGUCACUGAGUACAGUUUAGUAGUUCUUUUGGGGUUUGUGUAGAUAUUUAAGGAAAAAUAACCCAGACUUUGGCCUUUUGGAUUGUGGUCAUUUAUUUGAGUUAGGAUGCGCUAUUUAUGAAGAUAAAUUUAAUAUAUAGGGGUCAGGGUUGGUGUCUAAUUUCUGUCCCAAGGGUUUGGCACAUCAGACGCUCCCUCCACCCCCGGCCUGGGAAUGAAUUGCAGGUGGGAGUUUUAUGAGUCACGGUUCAGGGGCGGCUACUGUCCUUGUCUGAGUUUUUCGUUCUAAUUUGAAUUAUUUAUUUUACAAAAUGGGGGGAAAUACCUGUACGGUAAGGCAGAGAAAACAGAUGUGUCCAGCGUCUCCGUGUUUAGAGACCAAACACAGUGGUCCCCUGGGGACUGGUCAGUGUAGGCCCCCUGGCUCAGCGGUCUGGUUCCCCUGCCUUGUGCGGGGGGCUCUUGUUGCGUGGGAGGCUGGAACCAUCUGGAAACAAAUGACCCUCCGUUCCAGGUGAGAGACCUUGCUCAGAGAUAGUGGUCUGAUCAGCAGACGCAGGCCAACCACCGGGAAGCUCUCAGCGUCAGGUCCUGGGCAGAGCACUCUCUGCUGGCCUCCCGGGCCGAUUUUCUGUGAAAGGUGGAGUUGGACGACAUCAUGUCUUCUGCGAUCCUCGGCUGUCUCGGGACGGUUUGCUUCUGGUUUGUGUUUUCGUGCCCACAGACAACAAAGCUUCGCUCUGGAAGUAGCCUCCGCCGCGUCCUGUCCACAUCGUCCUUGGGGAUCUCCCUGGGGGCCCUGGUGAGGGUCCCCCACUGCAGGAUGAGGCAGUUUGCCUUCCACAGAACACCAGUCUCCGCCUUCCUUCCUGAAGUAUCACUGAUACCCCUGUAUGUUGACUAAUAAGCCAGGGCGCUGAGGAAGGGAUCUCGGCCAACUCCGAUUUCUACGGCUUAGACACAGCCAUCAAAGUGUGACUCUUUUUUUCUAGGAAAAAAGAAAAAACUGGAAGAGAAACCUGGAGAGUCUGUGAAAAACCCUUAGGUCAUCCCUAAGGCUUCCUUGGGUGUUUUGUAUUUUGUUUGCGUAUUUCAGUGUGUGUGUGAUGUUUAUGGUGUUUUUUUAAUGGGGUGGGAGGUGGCGGGGUAUUGGGCUGGAGGAGGACUAAGUUGUUGUUCAUGUGGUUUUGUCUAAUAGAGAACACUUUUACCCCCCAUCAGCUGGUCUGGUGGGUUUCCAAAUCCCCAUUCUUAAAAGACAUGGGUCUUAAAUUCUAGGAUUUUAGAUUAGGACUGUUCUACUGUGAAGAAAGUUCUGGCUCUCUUAGCCCAGCCAUGGCGUCUCUCCGCUCAGGUCUGGAAUCCCAAGGGACAACCUGCAGGACCAGUAUUCCUCUACCAAGUGGUCUCUUCAGCGGCCCAGGGGGUCCUUGGCCUCGCCCUCCACCUGCCUCCCCAUCCAGGCUUCAGUCCAGACCUCUGACCUUGGCAGUGUCAGAGGCUUUGCCUCCAGCUCAGGCCCCUGCUCCAGCCUCUGAAGUUAAAUGCCCCUGGAUUCCCCAUCUGGACCCCUGCCUGGAUCUUGGGCCCCAAAGUGGAGUCCUCUGGACAGAUGGCCCUGACCCCAGUGGGGCUGGCGCUGCCGAGCGUGGACCGCGCGGGCCUUGCUUUGGGUCCUCUGGGGCCGGCCACAGGGACUUGGGGACAGGAAGGCACUGGCACCCCAGCGCCCUACACUGUCUGUCGCGCUGUGUCCCUUCAGGAGAGGAUGUGAUAAACUACUACUUGCCUUCUAGAGCUCUUUGUAAAAAUUAAAAAAAAAUUGGCUCGAU